AUGAAGCUCCAGGUGUUCUGGACUGGGCUGGAAUAUACGUGCCGUCUCUUGGGCAUCACCACUGCUGCAGUGUUGAUUGGAGUGGGCACCGAGACCUUUCUCCGGGGACAGUUCAGAAGCCUGGCCUUCUAUCUGCUGUCUACAGGGACUGCCAUCUCUGUGUGCGAAGGGGCCUACUUUGUGGCUCAGCUGUUGGCUAUCUGCUUCAGGUGUCAGCCGGGGUCCCUGGCACACAGAGCAAGGGAGAAAGCCCACUGGUUGGGCUGCUUCCAGAAGUUCCUGGCCUACAUGCUUCUGUCAGUAGCCUGCUUCCUCCACCCUGUCCUGGUCUGGCAUGUGACCAUCCCAGGCUCCAUGCUCAUCGUCACCGGCCUGGCCUACUUCCUCCUGAGCAAACGGAAGAAGAACAAGUCUGCCCCUGAGACCCUCGCUGCCCCAGAGCAGUACACAGACCCCACCAGCAGCGCGGUGAGCACCACAGGCUGUGGGGACACUGAACAAACCUACACUUUCCACGGGGCCCUCAAGGAGGGGCCUGGCUCACUCUUCAUGCACAUGAAGAGCAUCCUGAAGGGGACCAAGAAGCCCAGUGCCCUGCAGCCCCAAGAGACCUUAAUGGAGCUGAUGUUGGAGCCUUCUGACUCCUUGGGUAAAAAGAAACAGGUCCACUUUGAAGACAAUGUGGUCAGAAUCAUCCCAUCCCUCACAGAAGGUUUGGAUGAAGGCGACAGCGAGCCAGAGGAAACCACCUCUGACACAGCCCCCAUCAUCCCUCCCUCGCAGGCCCCACUCCUUCUGUCUUCCCUCAUGGCCACUGACUUGUUCUGAGCAGCUCAACUAGAGGUCGAUGGCCCUGCUACAAGCCUCUUGACAGCCGUGGGCCCUGCAGGGGAUUCAAGUCUUCCCAAGUCAUCUCUUCCACACAUCUCAGUGGUGGCCAGGUCUCUGGGAACCAUAAGAUAGUAAAGCAAGCCAGAUCUGCAGAGACCUCCAGGAAGGCACAAAUGAGGCUUUUGCCACGUGGAAGUCCUCUUUGGCUGUGGAUGAGAAAAGAGACCACAAGGCUGCAGAUCCAACUGCCUUCAGCCUAAAGGGACAGAAGGUAUCUCCCCCAAAGAUGCUGUGCUUCCUUAGUU